CACCCCCCCCCCCCUCUCUCCCCGCCUGAAGCGAGCAACCUCCCCUUUCUUCCCUCUCUAGUCUCCACCCUGCCUCGCUCAUAUAUACGCCAUUGGGGGCGCUCCGCUAGACACCAUGGGGAUGGGGGCCCUGAUCUAACGUAGGGGGAGGAGGAAGCCCACUGUUCCAUCCAUCUCUUGGAGUAGAAGGGCGGAAAGGCUCCUCACCUUCCCCUCAUUCUCCAACCCACUCGCCCCCACCAGAUCGGCCUAGCAACUGGCCGAGACGAAGCACCAGGCUGGCUCAGAGUCUCCCUCCGUAAACACCGAAUCGCAGCUCCCACUCGAUACGGCCGCCGCGAACCUCCUCGUUCCACCGACGAAGAAGAGCGGCGGCCGCCACACUCUGGUGGUUCCACUGAAGAACGGCAGCCAGGCAGCCAGUCACACUUCCCCCGCCGACGCGUCGAUUGGAUUGGUGACCCAUCCCAAUUCAGACUCAGGGUUGUUUUCUUUCGUCGUCGGAUCUUAUAUUAGUUACUGUUUUAUUCACUGGAUGCUGGCAAUGGGGUCAGAAGAGUGGGAGCUGUAUCCUUCUAACAUUGGUGCUCAGGUCAUAGAAUACAGACCAACUACUGAGGACAGCAACGAUGACUGGAAUGGAGAUGUGGCUGUGUCGCUGGACGCCAUUCUCCCUGAUGAUCUCUUGGAGAAGGUUCUUUCCUUCUUGCCUGUUGCAAGUAUCAUAAGAUCUGGGUCUGUUUGCAAGAGGUGGCACGAGAUUGUGCAUGCCCAGAGGCAGACUUGGAGCAAAAUGGUGCCUCAGAAGCCAUGGUACUUCAUGUUUACUUGCAGCGAGGAAGAGGUGUCAGGUUUUGCCUAUGACCCGAGCCUCCGCAAGUGGUAUGGAUUUGACUUCCCUUGCAUUGAGAAGAGCAACUGGUCUACAUCCUCAUCGGCUGGGUUGGUGUGCCUGAUGGACAGUGAGAACAGGCGCCGCAUCAUGGUGUGCAACCCCAUCACUAAGGACUGGAAGAGGCUUCUCGAUGCUCCUGGUGGCAAAACGGCUGAUUACAGUGCUCUUGCCUUUUCUGUGGACAGGAGUUCUCACCAAUACACUGUGGCUGUGGCAAGAAGCAACCAGGUCCCAUCUGAGUAUUAUCAGUGGGAGUUUGCCAUCCAUUUGUACCAGUCGGUCUCUGGUAAUUGGGUGACUCCCUUUACUGGAGUGUUGCCCGGAUGGCGAGGAGGUGAUGAGUGUGUCAUCUGUGGUGGAGUCCUCUACUACUUAGUGUACUCAACGGGAGUUGUCAUGAACAAUAAUGAGCAUCGCCAUUGUCUUGUCAUGUAUGAUCUAUCUGCAAGACCUAACCAUACUUCUUUGAUGAGCGUGGCUAUACCAGUGCCAUGUGCUCUUACAUGUGGCCGGUUGAUGAACCUAAGUGAGAAGCUUGUGCUGGUUGGCGGCAUUGGCAGGCAAGAUAGGCCAGGUAUCAUCAAGGGAAUUGGCAUUUGGGAGCUCUAUAACAAAGAGUGGUGUGAGGUUGCUCGAAUGCCUUACAAGUUUUUUCAAGGAUUUGGUGAGUUCGACGAUGUUUUUGCAAGCUGUGGGGCGGAUGAUCUUAUCUACAUUCAGAGCUAUGGAUCGCCAGCUCUUCUCACCUUUGAAAUAAACCAGAAGCUGUGGAAGUGGUCAGUGAAAAGCCCUGUGACGAAGAGGUUUCCGCUACAGCUGUUUACUGGUUUUUCUUUUGAGCCAAGGCUGGACAUUGCUUCCUAGUUGUUUAUUUGUUCCACUUCCGCCACAAUUCUUACAUUAUAUUUUGCCUGAUUUUGGAGUGGCGAAAGUCAGGAGAUGCUGCCAUCGGAUGCCAUUUGACCAUAGAAUAUGUUCGGUUUUAUAGAUCUAUUCAAUUGAUUGCUGGGUGUAUUGGGUAUAUCUUCUUAUUGAAGUGAUUGAUUAAACUUUCGCCGAUCUUUUUGUUGACUUGGUUGGAUAGUAAAGGGAGAGAUGAUACCUACAAA